AUGGCAGAUUAUCUUUCAUAUGUCCUUAAUAUUCGCCAUAACAAAAAUUUCAAUCAAAACGAAGCCGGAGCGAUACAAUCAGACGCUAUUCGUGUGUUUUUCGUGUUUCUCGGUGCAGUUUUGAAAUCGACGACAGAUAUAAAACAAUAUACAGCACUUCUUUUAAAUCUCCACAAAUCGCAAGUACUUACACAACUCGCAUUUAUCAAAGAUCACCAACACGACGUACAAAUUAUGAUAGAAGAAGCAAGAUCGAUUGAACAAUUAUUUCCUAAAAAGCACUUGAAUCCAUUUGACAUACGCCAAAUUACAGAUUUCGUUAACGAAACUAUGAGAGAGGAUUGCUUAAUGACAUUAAAUCUUCAUUUUGCAAGUUUAAUUCAGUCUUCGUCAGAAAUAGCAGAAAAAGUAUUUACAUACAUCGAAAACUUUCUUUUUUAUUACAGACAAUUAGUUGCAAUCGGAAGCGAAGAGAAAAUGGACGAAGCAGCUUAUUACGCAUUACAUCCAGGAGAAGUACCUGAACUGACUUUGCCAACAAUAAUUUCAGAGGUUUAUGAGAAAUACGGUUUUCUUGGUAAUGACGUUUUGCGUUCAAUUCCUUUACCUUCAGUUUCAUUUGAUAAUCUCGAGGAUGAUUCACAAGAUGCUCUUAAAAUCAGAGUGUCAGGCUUACAUGAAGAACUUACAAUGGUCAGAGAACAUCUUAGGAAUAUUAUGAACGAAGAAAGUUCAAAUUCCCUAACAAAACAGAAUUUAGUUGAUGAAAUCGAGCGUUUGAAGCGUCAAAUCCCUGAAGAUGGUGAAGACAUUGCUAAACUUAGAGAUAUUAUUGACGAAAAUAAUAGAAAUAUCUAUGAAUUACAACUUAAAUUGAAAGAUUACGAAAAAGAGAACGAAGAUCUAAAAUCAGGAAGAAGAUUUGGAUCAAAUUCAAUUGCAAGUGGUCCCUUAUCUGGUCUCAAUUUGUCUCCUUUGUCUAUAAAUCCUCCAUCUAGUUUUGAACCAGGUUCUUCAAUGAAAGACAUGGCACCACCAUCUCCACCACCACCGCCAUCAAUGGGAGAUGUCAUUAAAAACGAUGGAAAACCAAAUGUUGCUCCUCCAAUCAAAAUGAGAGCAUUUUUCUGGCAGAAAAUCAACAGACAAAUGGAGAAAGGAACAAUUUGGGAGGAUAUGAAGGACUUUACAGACUUCGAUACAAGAAAACUUCAAGAAUAUUACUGUAUGAAAGUAAAAGUCGUUAAAAAGUUGAAUAAGUUCCUCCAAAUGAAGAAAGAAGCCGAGAAAAUGGUCGAAAUAUUAGAAGCAAACAGAGCAAGAAGCGUUAAUAUCAUGCUUUCCCGUUUCAAGAUUAAAAAUGAAGAUAUCGCAACUGCAAUUCUUCAACUUCGCUUCAAUAGAGUGUUCACUGAUGAUCAAUUCGCAGCUUUGUAUGCUUGCAGGCCAAAACCAGAAGAAAUGCAAGCAAUCAUGGCUUAUACAGGUGACAAAAAGCUUCUUGGUACUGCAGAAAAGUACUAUUUGGCGUUGAGUGUCAUCAAUGACUUUGACGAACAUCUUUCCUUCAUGAAUAUUUCUCAUAACUUUGAAAGUACUCAAGAACAGAUCCAAGGACCUCUCAAGCUUCUCAAGAACUCAUUAUUUGCCAUCAAAUCUUCCGAAAAUUUGAGAAACAUGCUCAGAUUACUUCUUUCUUGUGGCAAUUUUAUGAAUGGUGGAACAAACAGAGGUGGAGCUUACGGCUACAAGAUUAAAUCCAUUGCAGACUUGGUAUAUGUAAGAAGUACAAUACCAGGCAUCACUUUUAUGCACAUUUUGGUCUGGUUAGUUCUUGAUACACCAGAUUUCAACAAUUUUGGUCAAUUCACAAACGAAUUGAAGGAUGUUUCUACGGCCCAGAAGAUUGAUAUCGAUGUACUUAGAGGAUCCAUUAUAGAGUUAAGAACUCAAAUGGAAAAAUUCAAAUCAAUCAAAUUACCAAGUAAAGAGAGAAUUGUUGACGGAGAUCUUUUCUACUUGAAGUUCAUUGACUUCGAACCAAAAGCGACUCCUUUCAUUGAAGGCGUCGAGAAGGAAUUAAAUGAAGUUGAGAAAAUGUACACGGAAUGCUUAAAGAUGUUUGGAGAAUCACCGAUCGAUUACAAUCUCACAACAUUCUUAGAAGUAUUCGCGAAAUUUACGACUCAAUUCCAAACUGUGAUGGAUAAUGAGAUUAAAGCAAGACAAAAGGCCGCAGAGAAGCAAGAAGAAACACCUGACAAGAAGGAAAUUGAGGAGCCAGUAAUGCCUGCUAAGCAAGACCAUACACAACAGCGUGGUAUCUUAGAAGAAGAUUUAACCCAACUCGGAAACAUUUCCAAGGCCCAAACGGAGAUUGUCCGAACAUCGAGAGCAAGGACAUCGCGUCUACAAAAGAUUCUCAGCUCAUACACAUGA